AUGGACUUCAACACGGCUUACGACGUACGUCAAGACUUCGAAGCCCUGUUUUACCAGGAAGAAGAUAAACAGGCCAGAAGAUUGGUAAAUCUUGGUGAGUUCCUCCGCGGCUUUCAUCGUUCCGAUCCCUUGCACUGUGGUCUAUUCAUCGUCUGCGUGCGAUAUGAUGAUUUGCUCUUUUGCCAACACAUCGAGAGAGAAUGGUCCUCGCUCUUGCUACCGGGUCAACUUUAUAACGCACUCGGUACGAUCGCACCCAGCAACCCCUGGGUGGACAUGGAGUUUCUUUACGCCGUGCAAGGAGGCAAGACGAGGUGGUUUUUUGGUGACAUCCCAAGGAAUCCUGACGGCUACUGGAAGCAGGUCGAUCUUACUCAGGGGGGUUCCGUGGUGGAUUGGAUGGCCAACGUGACGGGAAAACAGAAGAUGAAGAAAUCUUUCACCCAUUCUAUCAGUACAAUCGCGCACCAAGCAAAGCAAGCGAAGCGACUGGAAAGGCGUGCAGCGCGGCAGCUGAAUCUCAUCAGCAAGACGGUGCCUUGUUUCGAUGCUGUGCAGCAUGGGCUGGAACCCAUUGACCCGGAAAGCGGCCUUUCUUUCAAGGACAAUCAUCUGACUUUGGAUCACAUCUUUGAACGCAUCAAGAAGUCAGAAGCCGCCAAGUCCAAGAGGCACAAAGAAGCAGUUGAUCAACUUUCACGAAAGCUUCGUCGGUCAUCCCGCAGACCGUAG